GGAUAUGGCCACCAAGCGCAAAAGCUCGACCUCGGCCAAGCGGCAGGACCCGCCCCCGGCCAAGCGGGUUCGCGGCACCGAGGCCGCGGAAUUUACCGGCGCCCAGUUCAAAUUCCUCCUCCGCGACUCCAGCACUGCGAUGAAAGGUUUGGAAACGUUCAUAGCCAAAGCUAAAUUACUACCAUCAAAUGAGCAGUAUGAUGUAGUGGAAGGAUACAUAAAAGUUUCUAUUGAAUGUGUAGAAAUUUUUAAACUUCUGGAUGGUGAAAGGCGUCCUGAAAGUGAGAUGCUGCUCAUUUUUCAAGCUCUAGAAAACAUUUUGCUGCGGACAGCAAGUGAUCUGUCUCAUUUUCGUGUUGUGGGGAUGAAUAUAGUAAAGAAGUUAAUUAACAGUUACAUGAAAUUAAUUUAUGCUGCCUUAUAUGCUGAAACUCAUAGACUGUCUCGUCUGUGUCUAACUUUGCUAUCAGCAAUGGUGACACAGGGACCAGAUGCUGCAAGAGAUGUCUAUAGCCACUUUGAUUUCAAUAAUAAAUUUUUACCUAAUUUAGUGAAGAAGAGAGACUAUAAGGGUAAGCCUGAUAUCCGUACAGCAUACAUUCAAUACGCCGUUUCCUUUUUAAUUGCUGGCGACCACUCAAUCCUUGUGCAGGUUCUGGAGUUAAAAGAUUUCAUUCCAGAUAUUAUUAGAACAGGGUUAAAAGAAGAUAGAAUUUCCACAAUUAACCUUCUGCUUUCAACAUUGGAAACUAAGGUGGUUCUCAACAAAGAUAUCAGUAAGACCCAGAAGGUACACUUUUUUACCUCAGAAAUACUGAACCACAUUGCUUCACUCUAUCGCUGGAAUGGAAUUACUGAUGUCAGCACAGUAGAUGUCAAGGCUUCCCAAGAGUGUGGAGAACCAGGAAAGCUUUUAGUGAGAGAACUGGUUCACAAAUUUUUAAUGAACCUUUGUUGUUCUCUGAAACAUGGCAUUAACUUUUAUGAUCCAAGCCUUGGCACGUCUGGCAGAGGAGGUAAUUUGAUUCUGCUGCGCUUUCUUCUGAGUCUAAAGACUGCUGUAGAAGAUGAGAUGGUUGCUGAUCUUAUGGUGAACAUUUUCAAAGUAUGCCCAGAUUUACUGAACAGAUACUUUAAGGAAUCCCAGUAUUCUUUUGUUCCGAGACUAAAAUCUGCAUGGCUAGACAACAUGAAAUUGCUGAGAAAGAUCUAUGAGGCUCAGCCAGACAUUUCCAAUGCUUUUAAAACCACUGAGUUUAUUCCACUUCCUAAAUUGCUUUCUAUGGUGAAAGUGACUACAGUACCUGCAGUGUGCAACAAAGUCAUGUUCACCCAAGGCUUAAAUAUAGCCAGUAAAACGGUGAAGCAUACUAUCUUUUCACUUAUAACAACUAUUCUGAAAAGAGCACAGAAAAAUAUAGACUAUUGUCAAAAUGAGAAGAUAUGGGAGAAGUCAGAAAUCUAUACUCCACUAAUCAUGAAGGAAUUUGUUCAGCAAUACCAGGAAGUGCUUAGUAAGCUUUUACCAGAUAUGACUAACAUAAUCGCCGUCUGGCAGUCCUUUCUGAAGCAAGGUAAGGCUCAGGAGGGACAGAAAGAGGGAGGAACAGAAGCUGCUUCUUAUAUGGAGGAAACAAAUGAAACUAACAAAGAGCACGGCUUGGAUGAUGUAGAAAUCACUCUUCUGAAAGCUGUUUUACUUCAAGUUAUAUGCCUUUAUCAACAAGUUGUUCCUCACUUAGUAGCACAGAGCAACUUUGAUUUUAGCAAAUUAAUAAAAGGUAUUUUUACUGAAAAAGGAGUGCAACAGAAAAUUCCUCCUGUUCUGCAUUAUAAUAUUCUCAAACUGGCUCUUGAGCUGCCUGCAAAUAAGUUUUCCUGGUUCAGAGUACAGGAUGCAGCUGAGAAGGUUUUUGGUGAAAGAUCUGUAUUUUACCUCCUGAUGAAAAUGUUUGUAACCAGCCCCCAUUCACAGCUCAAAACAGCAACCAAGAAAUUGAUUUUUAAGGUUUUGCAUGACAGUGGAGUAUUUGAGUACACUGGGAAGGAACUUGAAUUGUGGCUCAGUCAUUUGGAUAAUACAAUUGAAGCCAAACAGGAAAUCGUGAUUCAGUUUUUGGAAAGGGUCUUGGUCAAAGUGGUAACCAACCCUUAUCCGUAUACAGAUAAAGCAGCUGACUUUGUUCAAGAAGCAAGCAUUCUUCAGAUCAACUUAUUUAAACAAGAUGUUGAUAAUGUCAGCAUACCUAUUUCUCAUAUUGAUGAUGUUCUGGAUAUGAUUGAUGUCCUUGUGGAAGACAGUGAAAGUUUAAAUGAAGAAAUUGGAUGUACUUUAAGUGAAGACAUGGUUGUGAACACGUUUCCAUUCAGUGCAAUCGUCCCAGCUUCUUUAGAAGCAAGAAAUAAGUUAUUUGUUGAUGAAAACGCAAGAGAAGAAAGCAUUGUGGAAUAUCUCAUUGCUGUGUUUACGGACCUCCUGCAUUCUCAACGAGAUCCUUUAGCCCUUUGCCUGAUGUUUCAACACUAUGAUAAAGAACUUCAGUCUGUCAGUGUUCAGCUUUGUCAGUUCAUCUAUUACUAUAAACUUUGUAUACCACAACAAGCUAAGGAAGCUUUGCAAGACAGGAGCAACAGUGUGGAUGUGGUGUGGUCAUCAGAUUCCUCCUUUUUUACCUUGUUAAAGAAUAGCUAUCAGAAGGGUGCUGCUGCUUUACUGAAAGAGGAUAUUCAAACAAAGCUAAAUGAAGCUAUUUCCCAACUCCAACCUCAGCAGUUCUCAUUGGCUUUAAAACACGUUCUUCUGUACCUAAAAACCAGUGUGGAGAACUUCGGCAGUUUGGGCAAAAAUUGUGGCCUUUCCCUUGUUACUCUCUACAUGGAUUUGUUGAAGAGCUUGUUGCGCAAAGGUGAUGAUACAGAAUUGCGUGGUCAGCCUGAACAGAAAAAUACCCAGAUUGAACCUGAACUUUUUAUGGAAGCAGAAAUUUUGAUUCAAGACUCUGAGAAUGAAAAGAUCAUGGAAGAGAUGCUCUCUUUGGUCUUCAAACACCCUAUCCUGGAAAAUUGGUUCCUGGCUAUAGAACAACAUUCCCUUCCUCCACACAGUCUUAAUCCAGUUAAAGUAAAACUGCUUUCAAGUCAUCUAAAUCGCAGCAUUCUUGACUUGCUGAAAACGAGUUGCCCAUUAUUGCAACCUAGGGAUCAGCUAGAUAUACUUUGCAAGUAUUUUGAAGCCAUCACAAAAACUGUUUUGGAAGAGCUGCACGCGGGUACAAAAGAAGGAUGCAGAAUAUCUCCCCCAAAAUCUCUGCAGAUAGAGGCUUUGCAAGAACUGCAUAUUUAUAUGAAUAUGGACCAACUGAAAGAAAUCAUGCUGCAACUUUGCAAGGCCAACCUAGCUACUUCAAAAUCUGAAAUUUUUUCUGGAAAAGAAAUCUGUCUGAACAUUUAUGGACAAACCUUGGUGCAGCUGCUCACCGAUGGCUACCAAAGAGGUUCCCUGAAAGGAGACUCCUUUUUUUCAAGAGAGCACAUUCAAGGGAUGAGUAUUCUGCUGUCUGCAUCUGUCACUGAGGAGUUGGAAAAGGCCUUUAUGUGUGUGAUACAGAAAGAACCUAUCUUUGCCCAGGCAGUUGACCCUGAUGUGCAGCUUUUGUGCCUUAAGCGUUCAACAGAAAUUUCCCUUUCUAUUGUAGCUUUAUUGAUUCAGCACUCCCACACUCAUUUGCUACAUUUUGAGCUUUGGUGUCUGAAGAGUAGUACAAGCAAAUUUCUAAAAAUGAAUGCCGCUCUUGUUAUGCCCCUUGUCAAUGUGUAUUUGGACUGUCAAGAGAAGCAACGUUUCAAACACUUAUCAAAAGCUGUUAAGUCUGCCUUGAGAGAAGCUUUAUGGCCAGAACUGCUGAAUAAGCUUUUGAAAGUGGAUUCAUCACAACCAACUGUUAUGGAAUAUCACGUUCUUUCCAAGUUAUUGCCACUAGCCGAUACGGAGGCCUUCACUGAUUUAACUGAAAAAUUAACUCUAACUCUUGAGAGACCUGGAAAUCACGAACAGUGGAUAAUUGCUGAUGCUGUAUCAAGAGCGCUGGAGACCUCUGUAGAAAAAGUGCAUUCAUGGAGGAAACAUCUACUACUUACCUGUAUGAGGUGGUUAAUCCUGUCCUUCAGUAGUAGCCAAGAGCAAGAAACACAUUCAGAAGUGGAGAAUACCAUGCUAUUGAAGCUAGAAGCCUUAUUGAAUUCAGUAACUGAAGUGGUUCCAGACAGUUGGAAUAGUUUUGUGAAGCUGGGGCUAAAGUAUCGUUAUAAAGACCAAACUUUCCUGAAAACUCUGAAUGCAGCUAUAAAUAUAUUAUACCAGAAAGAAAUCUCGCUUAGACAGAGAUUAACCAAACCUGAAGUGCUUUACAUGAUGAUCACGCAGCAUUCCCUGUUUUUGUCCACAGUGCUGAGAUCACAAGAAGGCAGUGACACGAAUGCUCAUCUAAGAGAGGCGUUAGUGAGCCUCCUGUUGACUCUCGUGAAACUCUGCCCUGCAAUUUGUGAAAGUAACCAUUUUGCUGUGCUGCUUGGAGCAUAUGGGGCAACACUGAGUGUUUCAGAUCAGAAGAUAUUGUUUCUGCUUAAACUAUAUGAAAAUAAUGGUCUAAGCCUUCUUGACUUCAGAAUAUUGCUUUGGGGUCCGGCUGCUGUGGAGCAUCAUAAAACAUGCAAAAGUUUGGGGAAGUCACUAUGGCAACAACCAAGCAUGCAAGAAAUUAUGUGCCUGCUGGAUCGAGAAGUAAUGAUGAGGACCAUACUCCACUUCCCCCAGCAUCGACAUCUUCUUUCCCCUGAGAAAGAACAUAUAUUCCAGAGCAAAAGGAAAAGCGAUUUGGGUUUUGAAGAUCUCUAUGAUCCUUGUUUUCUUCUCCAGCUGUUCAGUGAAUUAUUAAGACCAGAGUGUGUUGUGGCAUGUCAUAAGUUUGUUGAAGUCAAUGCAUUGGGCUUGACAGUAGCUGCCCUUAGCAGCUAUGACAGUAACAUGCGUGCAGCUGCCUACCAUGUCCUAAGUUCCUUUCGUACUCAUCUGGAAGCAGCUCGGUUUCGAGAACAGAAACAGUUGCUGUAUCUUAUGGACGUUGUGCAAAAUGGAAUAAAACAACCAAACCUCAGAUUUACUUUCCCUUUAACACUCUAUAUAUCUAGAGUUGCCCAGCAAAUACUGAAGCCAGAGGAACAUAUGUACACAAAGUUGAACAGGUUUCUUCUAUCCCACCAGUAUUUGGAGCUGAGAAAAGUGCCAGGAUUUUUUCACCUUUUCUAUAGUUUUGAUUCAGAGCACAAAAUGGAACGUGAAUGGGUUCUAACUAUUAUUGGAGAAGGUCUCAGAGAUAAAAACUGCUAUCAGCUGUAUCAUUAUCAAAGAAUUUUCCAUGUCCUUCUGUCAUUCUUCCAUAGCCCAUUGUGUGAUGAAGCAACACAGUAUCAGAUUCUGGAAAUACUUCAAAAUGCUGCAUACAUCACUAAAGCUGCUUAUGAACUAAUAAAGGACCAUAGCCUUUUAACCUGGCUGUUAUCUGUUGUUGAGAAAAGGUUUCUAGAAAACAAGUUGUUAAUACGUGUAAUCUCCUUAAUCCAAACUCUCUGGAAAACUAAUUUAGGAAAUAAGCAAACUUCACUCAAUUCUUCUAGCCAAUUGGAAUUAAAAGAGAAUCAGAAAUUCCUUCCCAUCCAGCUUAUUAAUGAAUUUCUCCAUGUUCUGCUCACACUUCUUAACCACAUCCGAACCAACUUGGAUCCUGUUGAGUUUAUUCAGUUUUUCAAUGUAUUAAGUUCUGUAUUGGAAUACCGUACUCUGGUUCUUGAAGCCUUCAGAGAAAUGGGCAGAUUCAUUAUAAAUGAACAUAUCCUUUCAAACAAUGAUGUUUUGCUACUUUUGUACAAGUGGAGUAUAAUUAGUAAAGAUAUGGAACUUCAGAAUGACCUGCAUGUUAUUGCACAACAAUACCAAAUCAAAGAAUUGCUUAAAAAUACAGACAGGAACAAACCACGGUUACACUCGCAAGCAUCAAUCCGACUAGCUCAGAGAAAGAGCAAAACUGAAAUAGAGGCAGCUGCAAUCUCUGUAUGGAAAGAAAUCCAUUUAAAUGAAUGCAAAACUCUUCUGAGAUCUGUUUUUAUCCACUGGGAACCCAUUUUACUGGAAAUAUCAACAAAAUCUCCAACAGAACAGAAAGGAUAUAGUAAUCCAGAGCUUACAUGCAAGAUUGCUUAUUUAGUAUUUAGAUGGCUUGUGACAUCCCUCCUUGAUGACAAGUUGAACAUUCAGAAUGUACUCCUGACUUUCUGGUGGUUUAAAAAAUGUGCUUUUGAAAACAACUUUGUAUUGGAUUAUAUUCUUAAAGAUGGAUCACUGAAAAGGGCUAUAUUUAAGCUUUAUAGUAGCAUCUGUAAUGCCUCUGAAGUUGUGAAACUGAAUGAUCUCUCUGUGCUUAAUGGAAUCAUGCUCCAUCUACUAGAAUCUCGGGGCCUGACAGAAAAUAAUUUUCACGGGACAGUGAAAAAAUUCUGCCUCACUGAAGUGACAGAAGUGAACAAAGCUGCAAGCAUUUUCCUUACUUCAAUUUAUAUUGGAGACAUUUGGCUAGGAGCAAGGCAACCAGACAUGUUUAUGAGACACAUUAAAUUAAUAUGUGGAGCAACUGAUACUGAACGAAAUGACAAAAAAAGGUUGGAAUUUGAAGACUCGAUGGUUUCUCUCUGCAAAGACAUAUACUCAUUUUUAAAUCUUCAUCCUCACUUUCAGUCUUCAACUCAAACAUUUGUCAACUUUCCUAUCUUGAAAUUAAAAAAAUAAAAAGAACCAUUGGGUGAAAUCCUACAGAAAUUGUUUUAAAAACAAUGUUUAUUUUCCUAAUAGUAGUACAACUGUAUGUUAUAGGUAUGAUUUCAAAUAAACUAAUAUUUUUUCAGAAUUUGGCAAAGCUGGUAUUGUUUUAUAUGUUUUACACUGCUGGAAAAAUAAUGAACAAAACAUUGAAGUUAAUAAUUUUGCAGUAAAAUAAACAUAGAGUAAUGUUUACUGUUGUAUGAAAUAAAGAUGUCCAUUAGAAUUGCAUAUGCUUUGAAAAUGGUUUUAGAAAUGGUGUUUUGUUAUAUGCAAGAAUAGAGAAACAACCCCAUUUUAAAGCAACUGCAUUUUUUUUCAAGAUUGUU